GGUACAGUUUGAAAGUAGCCGUAGACGCUGUUAUUAGUCUGUCAACGCGACACCGCCGUUCAACCUCUCCGGUUAAACUUGUCAGGCUCAAGGAUUUGUUGGGGUUUUAAGCUCUCCAUGUAAGAGGAAUUACGAGGAACAGCGUAAACUAGCGACAUGUCGGUCUUUCUGGUGGUUGAAGAUGUGGAUCCAGCCGUUGCAGAGGAGCUGCUCGCCGAGGGCGCACCCGCAGCAGAAGCGCCGCUUCUUCUGAAUAUAAGUCGAGACCUGUUUCAGAAUGGAAACAAGUCCAUGGAGGGUGGUGGUGAUGCGGAGGAUAAUGAUGAGGGGGAGGAAGAUGAUGAUGAUGAUGAUGAGGACGACGAUGGCGACGAUGACAGUGGCACAGACAACUUGAGCUCUGAAAGGUCAGGGACCAAGCUGCAGAGAUGUCAGCAAGGAGAGACUUCAAAUCUCCCGGACACGUUCCAGACCAGCAACCUGCUGUUUUAUGAGAGGUUCAAGACAUACCAGGACUACAUGCUUGGGGACUGUAAGCCCUCAGAGGUGAAGCCCUUCAUAGCAGACUUCCUGGGGAAGGUGUUGGAGCCGUCUGACUGGUUUGCUGUGUGGCGCACUGAUGUCUUUGAUGUGCUGGUGGAAGUGCGAGAUUUGGACGUGGCGGACCUGAAGGCGUGUGUGACUGUGCCGCUGCCGCUGCGGUGUGACACCAGAGGCUGUGACCUCACGGUGGAGAUCAUGACUGCUCUUCUAGAGGCCACCAGGAACAAAGUGUCCCUGCGGGAGCUGUACGUGCUCUACGAUGAAUCUGGGGACUUUGAUCAGACCGCUCUGGCUCUGGAGCACCUCAGGUUUUUCUAUAGAUACAUCUGGAGGCAGUGGGAUGACGACGAGGACGAUGAUUUUGAUUACUUUGUUCGUCGCGUGGAGCCUCGUCUCAGACUCCACUACGACAUCUUAGAAAACAGAGUCUCCGCGGACUUGGUGGAAGAGUACGUGUCCUUACUGAAGAACUGUGCCCAGUGCUUCCGGGAGUUUUGCGACCUGCGCAACAGCGUCGGCCCUGAUUCCGACUCGGAGCUGGACAACGUGUCUAUGGUGGAGGCCUUGAAGCUCUACGACCAGCUGGAGAUGUUCAAACGGAAGCUCCACAUCAUCGAGAACCCCUUGUUGAGACACGUGUUGACCUGCAAAGGAAACUCCCGACAACAGUGCGUGCAGAGCCGCGGGCCCAGACAGGCGGGGGCAGUGGUGGUCCACGUGGUGAUGGGCUCCUGCGACGCUCUCCAGCUCGAGUCCCUCCUCAGCGUUCGCCUCAAGCCUAUGUGCUCCUCUACUAAGAUCCAGUUCUACACAGACCCGGUGUCGGCGGUGGAGUCGUGCCAUGAGGGGGAGGCUGUGAUUAUUCUGCCAGGGAUUUACACAGUCAGCAGCUCCAUCGUCAUUGCAGACUCCAUCUCCAUUGAAGGCUUCGGGGAUCCCGAUGAAGUUGUGAUUGAGAAGACGAGCAAGGGCGACUCAUUUGUGAAGACCACGGGAAACGAAGUCCGUCUGUCCAACAUCAAGUUCAUCCAGCACGACGCCAUCGAGGGCAUUCUGUGCGUGUAUCAAGGCACUCUGAACAUGGACAACUGCGUGCUGCAGUGUGAGACCACCGGGGUGAUCGUGUGGAACUCUGCACGCCUCACCAUGAACGAGUGUGACCUGUACGGCUCCAAGGGGGCGGGCCUGGAGAUCUACCCCGGCAGUGUGUGCAGUCUGGUCGGGAACAGCAUCCAUCACUGUAAAGACGGGAUUCUCAUCAAGGACUACGCCAGCGAGCUGGCCGGGAUGCCGUCCGUCACCAUGGAGAAGAAUUCCAUCUACAACAACGAAGGUUACGGGGUGAUUCUGGUGAAACCGGGAGACGGGGAAGAGAGCAGCGCUCCAGCCGACAAACCUGCAGAAGACCCUGCUGUACAAACGCCUGUGGACCAGCAGCAGGAAGGAGUUGCAGAGCCUCAGAUCUCCAGCUCUGCAGUCCCUCAGGUCGCCUCUUCCACGUCUUCGUCCUGGACCUUGUCUGGCAGCAGCUCGGCAGUCUCUCAGGUCUCCUACUCCUCCGCCACGUCUUCGUCCAGCUUGGCAGCGUUUCAGGUCGGCUCCGCGGAGGCCGGUGCUGGCGCUGAGGCUGACCCGGCCUCUUCCACGGGCAGGAAGUGGCACUUCAGCCGUCCACUGAGCAGAACCAGGGAGGCCACCUGCAGCCGGCCUGCCGAGGAUCUCAUGGAGCACCCCAUCUUCGUUUCCGUCAAGGAGAACCAGUUCAAACGCAACGGCAAGGGGGACUUCGGCACCUUCUUCUACUGACACUUUUACAGCCGUCCGCCGAGGGCCGAGUUCUGGCUCCACCGAGCGGCUGCGUUCAGAGACCAUGAUUGAGCCGUAUUUUGAAUUUGCACAAAUGAUUUUAUCUAAUUUAUUUCUUUGGGCUCCUGUCACUUUCCUUUUUUUUU